AGUCAAACUGUUUUAAAAGGACAGCAGCAUCUUCCUUUGGAAGAAAAGUAGAGAGUUCUUCAUCUAGAAUGCGCUUCAGCCUUAUCUCACUCUUCUUUUAUCUUGCAUUUCCCCCUGAUUCUCUUUGUAACUAAAAUUUCAACUAAUUAUUGUCUUCUUCCUUUUGCUGAGUAGGCAGUCAGAACAUUAUCUAUUGUAGCUCCAAACACCCAUAAAAGAUCCAUAUUUGGUUAAAACGAAAGAGGGGGAGAGAGCCUUUUGGCCUAUCAUGGAAGGUUUUUUAUCUCAUUUAAGUUUGGAAAAACUGUCCAGAAAGAAAAGUUUGGGCAUCUUGUCUUUUGAGUCCAGGAGUCUGGGGGAAAGCACAAAUAUAGCUCUUCUCCCUUUAUGAGCUGCAGAAAGGAUUUUGACAUCAUCUGAGGACCUCUUCCUAUAAUGUCUUCAGAUUCAUAUACUGAGUUGUCAUCAGAAUUCCAUCAUAAUGAAACUAAAAAUACUCAAAAAGAGAAGAGAGAACUCUUCUUAUCGACCAAAUUGUCAUGGACAAAAUUAGAUGAUGAUUUUCCAACUCCACAAAUAGCAGUAGACCACACUUCUUCUGCUCUGCAACUUGUGGGCCACAAGGAGGAAAAUCUCUACAACAGGAUGGAUUCUGACUUCUACUUAGCAGCAAAUAAAACAAUACAAGAAAGCCAAGAUAAAACAGAAGCUCUUUCAGCUCCUUUGAGCAUGGUACAAAUGACUGUGCAAAACUACACGCGUUCCCUGCAUUACUUUUCACAAAUGCCCAUUCUCUCAAGAUGGAAUAAUGCCAGCUCACCUCAUUCGCUCCUCAGUCCAAAAAGUGUCGUUGAAUGGCUGGAUUUCUCAGAAAAGGAUCCUGUUGAGGUUUUGCUUGCUUUGGGAUUUGGUGUUGAGGAACCUGAUAUCUGCACUAGGAUUCCUUCCCGCUUCAUCAGUUGUCCAUCCAUUGCUGAAGGAAUCAAUAUUAAAGUAUUCAUAGAAGCUCAACGACAACGCAUGAAAGUUGAAGCUUCCAGUUUACACAGGCGCUUUCGACAGCUGGAAAUAUUGGAUCACGUGACUAGUGCUUGUUCCUCUCUGCUGGGUCACAUGAGUACCAGGCAGCAGAAAAUAGAAGAAGGAAAAAGAGAAGAGAAGGCCAGAAUUAAUAUUCCAAAAGGCAAGCCACAGGCCAAGAAGAGAAGAAUAGGUCAGGUCUUAAGAAAAAUAUCAAGGCAAACACAUGAAUCUCAAGCCUAUCAAAAUGCUGGUAUAUGUAAAACCCAAGAAGACCACUUUGCUGAUGAUGAUCUACAUUUGGUGACUAGGACAGGAUUAUCUGACAGUGCUAUCUUAAUCUCUUUAAAAGAACUGUUGCCAAAUGAGGAAGAGGAAGAGGGUAUGAUUAUACCCCAAUCUACACAAUUCAUAGCCACUAAAACUUGGGGAUUGCCUCAGCUAUUGUUAAAAGAGCCCCAAUUUCCUUCCAAGUCUGACAUUCUCAGUAAAGAAAAUAAAGAAAGAUCGCACAAGGAGCACAAUUUGCUUUUAACUCAUACUCUCAGGAGAUUAUCUGGCAUCAGCUGCAAGCCUUCAGAUUCCUUUGAAAUGGAAGAGAUCCAGAGCUUUGAAGAUGAAACUUUCUGGGGAAAUCCCCAUGAAAACAUUUCAGAUGCAAUAACAACGAGAACAAGCAGCUGUCAAUCAGACAGCAGUGGAUUUCUGGAAGAUUCUUUGGAGCCCUUACCUCUGCAGGUUUUACCUUUGCCUAUAACCAUGAGGGUUAGUUGCAAUUCCCAUGAUUAUCAAGAAUUUUCACAACAUAAGCAAGAAUAUCUACUUAUGACUCAAGAUUAUCAACCGCAAAUAGACAGGGCUGUCCCUAAUAUAUCAAUUGUAGAGAACACCGUUUCAUUAUUGCCCAGCCUGAGUGAAGAAAAUACUUUACAGGGAGAGGAAAUCUUUUAUUCCAUAAAUGAAGAUGAUAUUUCAUGUGAGACUUACAGUGGACAGUCAGAAAAUGUUGUCAGGAAAACAGCAUAUGUGCUGGAUAAGAAUGAAAUGCAAAGGAAUUUUCGUGGACUUUCAAAAAUUAAAAGUGAAUGUCAAGAUGCUACUUUCAAGGAUGCAUUAAAGCAUGUGGAUACAAUAGCCUCUAAAGAUGAGUGUAUCUGCAUGACUGCAUCUCCACAAAUUGAUGCUAUUUCAAAUAAUUGCAGUCUUCAAGGCUCCAGCUUUUCCUUUUCCUGUGUUAAAAAUAGUCAAUCUGAUUCUUUGAAUCUAUUACAAUCAAGUUCAGGAUUGGAUAAAGAUGGGCAUGUUCCUGAUUCUGAAAUAAAUGCAAAUUCCUUUAAAUCUGUUACAAUCCAGAUGCCUUCAAUACUAACAUCAAAUAAACAAAGCAUAUCACUGAGUGAAACUGCCAUCAAAGACCCGUCUAUACAUUUGUCAUCCAAGAUGUCCCAAUGCCCUAGGAAUGAGUCCUUGGUUUUAUCAGAGGGAAAAUACAAGCAAACAAGAGAAGCGUCUGCUCAAACCCGUAAGAUGCAAGUGAAGGAAGAAAUAAUGCCCCCAUUUCACUGCUUCCCUUCUUUUAACAGGCAUGGCCACUUAGUGAAAUCUGCUUCUGUAGACUCAGGACUUCAUGGAGAGUAUAGCACAAGCACCCAUGAACCUUUGAAUACUUGGUGUACCCAUCCAAUGGCUCACUGUUGCUCUUUGAACUCCCACCACUGUUGCUUUAUGAGAUCUUUCCCUUUAGCUGCAACAUGCAAAUUCCCCACAGUGUGCUGGUCUUCUUGCAGCCCUAUAGAGCUGCAGCUUUGGAAAACUCUCAGAUUGUUGCAAGGCUCAGCAGUGAGAAACAUCUCUUCUUGUACAGUCCAUGAAAUUGAAGUUAUGAAAAACUCAUGCCGGAAGUUUCAAGAAAAGCUGGAUGAAAUUGAGCAGCACGUAGCAGAACAAGAAGCUUUAUUUCCCAAUAUUCUGUUGAAAGAGGGACUAGAUGUAAGGCAACGGAUGCAGACCAUGCGACAAGCUGUUUAUCAAGAAGUGGCUAGAUUGGAAGGCCACUUGCAGGGCUGGGCUUGCCAGGCCAUGGAAGGAAUUCUAAUGGUAUGCUAUAUGAGCAGAUUGCCUUUGAUUGAAUACCAUGUUUUGCAUGGGACUAUCUGGGGUUUUUUAAUCUCUUUAUUCAGGGUGGAGUUAGGGAGACUGAAUGGAGCUGUGCAUUCAUUGGCUGGAUGCCUAGACAGAGUUCUCAGCAGAUAG